UCCAAUUCUCCAUUUCCACUUGACCCUGCUUUCUCCCCCUCGCGAUUGACCGAUCCGCUUCAUCUUGCGAUUCCGCGCUAGUUGGAUCCAACGGGGCCAUUCCAUUCCAUGAUUACUACUACUACCUACUCCUCUUACAUGUACUCUUGAACCUCCCAAUCCCUUCUUCUUCUCGUCUUCACUGCCGUCAAUGGCUGGGCCCAGGAAUCUUCCUGCCCGCUCUUCGCAGCGUCGCAAUGUGGUUCCCGAGGAAGAGUCUCCUAUGCAGACCCGAAGGGGAGCAAAGUCAGCUGCCAAACCAGAGCAACCGGACAUAGUAUCCCCAAGGUCCAGCAGACAUUCCAUGCCCGUCAUCGAGGCCCCGUUGACUCGCAAGGCGACGAGGACCAUUUCCUCCGUUCCCAAUUAUGCAAAGUUGGAUUCUGCGCCCAAUGUCUACGCCACUUAUGAAUCGCCCUUCUUCAUGGUCUUUGGCCUCACCUCAUCCUUCUUUGAUUCUCUCCAUUUACGGAAGCGGGAGCAGACUCUAGCCCUUGGGUAUCCCCAGGAUUCAGAAGAAGAAGAGGAGGACGAAGAGGAAGACGAUUCUUCUACCGUGGAGGAAGAGAGCGAUGAGACGCCCGCCGUCCCUACCCGUCCUGCCACGACUACCAGGGGCCGCGGAGGUGGUCGCGGCAGCCGGGGCGGACGUGGACGAGGACGAGGCGGCAGAGGCAGAGGUUCUCGAGGAGGUAGAGGCGGUUCCCGAGGCGCCUCUGCGCGCACGACUUCUCCUUUGCGCACUCGACCAUCUCGCAAUGCUGCUCCUGUAUUUCCGCUUCAAGACCAUGAUGAUCCGUCCAAUCAGAGCUCCCCGCUACCGGACGCUAACGAUUCGCUCCAAGGAGACGAGCAAGACGACCAAGACCAAAAUCAAAACCACUCAUCUUCCCUCAAUCGAGACGGCAGCGAUGCUGAUGGUGGUGAUGAGGGCUCCCUUCCCGAUGUCAAAAACCCAAAAUCCUUCUCACCUGCUACUCCUCCCGGCUCGCCUCCGCCCGGUGUCAUCAAAGCCUACCACGACCCUUCGACCAAAAUUCCAACCUCCCUUAGCGUCCCCAAAAUCUCACUACCGGACAAGGCCUCUGUAAACAUGUCACAUGACGGCACUCUGACUCCCGCAGAGUCGGCCGUCCCCAAACUGCUCGACCCGGAAGAUGAUAUGUUAUCCGACUCGGAUUUGCCUGAUGCUUGGAUCGAAGGCGUUCCCGACCCACUAGAGGCCGAGUGUGAGGACAGGGCCGAUUACCUGCUCCAGACGCGCUAUAAGCCCAUGCCCAAUGUGCAAGACAUCAUUGACAAUCUUCAAAAGCAUUCUUUUACUCUGCGCAGCACUGAAAGCCUCUAUGCACUUGCCGAAAACACUCAAAUGAUCCUCCGAGCUUGGCAGGAUCAGUAUCUGGAGCUUGAUGCCAAGACUGCCCCACAUGCACAUCCACCAAAGAAAGCUUGCAAUGGCGGCCGCAUACCCAUGGCCCACCAGCAGUUCGAGGACAGGAAAGAAGCAAGUUUAUACGGCUACGUCUUUGACCCUAAGAAACCUCCAGGAAUGCAGGAUCCCUUCGCUCAGCGCCCUGGACAUGAAAAGACGGGUCGAAGAGAAUUGCGUCAGCGUCGCACCAGGGACAUGCUCGAUUCCGCUGCUCCCAGUGAAGAAGAGGAGGAAGAGGAUCAAGAAAGCAGGCCUGCAAAGAGGCAGCGCCGAGCUACUCGUCCGUUCGAGGUUAGUGAGCAAGGCAACAACACCGGCACCGGCACUGGAACAAAUACUCCCAAAAAGAAGAACAACGGCUGGGGUGGUGCGCGGAAGAAGGGUGUCAGCAAGUAUGCUCAACCAGCUGUGUCAGCUACCGCCACUCCAGAACCCGAAGGUCGCGGCAAACGUGGAAAGGCCUUUGCUGCUGCGGUCCAUCACCGCAUUCAAGCAAUGCGGGAGGAGUCCGCCGUUGUCAGCUCCAGCGAUGAAGGUGGCUCCUCCAAUGUAGCCUCCGUGGAUACCGAGGACACUCCCCCUCCGGUUCAGAAGCGUGGACGCCCCGCCGGUAGCAAGAACGUCGCCAGGCGAAGUGAUUUUGGCCAAAAGAAGGGUCCCCGGAAAAAGGUGCACGAAGAAGAAAUUGCCAUGACUACAAGUUCUCCCAAUGGACAACCGCAAAUGCUACAGUCCAUGAGUGAAGGUCAAGGCCAGUUUACCAUUGAUGCUCCCGUUGCUCCACAGCUCGCGCCAUCCCUUAUGGGUCCGCACUCGACUGAAACUGUUUUCCAAGCUACUCCGCAGCCGUUGGGCGUCACGGACCCAUCGAACCAUCCAUCAUCUGUCAAGGCACAACCACCAGAUUUCUACACAAACGCCACCCCGUUGAGUCAGUAUAACACUGUCUACAUGGACGACUCCGCAACCAAUUCUGCAUCUGGGUCCAAAGGAAAACCGCGAGUUAAAAGCGAGAAGCGCAGCCAAUCCAUGACCAUCUGGUGGGCAGAGCGCAAGGCGCGUCGAAAAGAGAUGGAAGAAAAGACGGGGACGCCUAUCAAAGCACCUCCAUCGCGGUCAAAUUCGACCUCAGGUCGUCGCGGCGGCAGACCCCCCAACUCCUCCAAACCUCCAUCCGAGGCACACUCACGACCGCAAUCCUCCCACCAAGACAUGUCGCCCCAUCUCUACGCGCAACAAAACGCGCACCCCGACCUCUACGCCGUCCCCCACGACCAACACCCGCCACCUCCACGCGGGCCCUUUUCAUCUUCCCAUUCUCCGACCGAAUAUAGCUUCUCCGCCUACCCACCCGGCGCUCCACCACCGAACCUCGUCUCAACACCACUCGCCGCACUCCCUACGUCAUCCGCACAACCACCUCCCCCACCAUCCGCAGGCACCUCACCAUCCUCCAUCUCCGCACAAGGUCGCACUCUAGCCCCCGCACCUCACCAUCCCCAUCUCCCCGCCGCCUAUCCGAGCCCGUUCGGUCCGCGCGCCCCUGCUGCGGGCGGUCGUCCGAAAAACACCGGGCCUAUGCCUCUUGCGCCUGCGCCUUUGGCGUCGUCGUCCGCGGGGUCGUCACAACAUGUUAGCCCGUAUCCGCCUUUGCAGCACCCUCCUCCGGAACGGGAUUCGGUGUUUAAGAGCGGGUUGGCUGAUCAACCCGAGCUGAUGAGGAAGUUGAAGGAGCUGAGGGAUGCGGGGGCCAGGGAGAGGGAUGCUGAGAGGGAAAAGGGACGGGAAAGGGACGGUGGUGGUGGUGGUGGUGGGGAGUGGGUCGAUUAAUUUCGAUCUUGAUUGCUCCACGGAUCCAUACGAGUCCUUUUUUUUCUUUGAACGGAGCCAGCGAGCUCUUUUUUUUGUUUUUGCUUUUUGUGUUUUAUGGUUUGAAUUGCGUGCUUGACCCUGGAUUCUCUUUCCAACAGCGUAGACAGACAUAGCUAGCUAGCCCUCUAAAGGAAAAUUAAACAGAAAACUUGAACUUGAGUUUACACGUGUACAAGUUUUUCUUCUUAAUCUAUAUCUACUUGUAAAGUUAUAUUUGUUACCUCUCUAUUAUUAUCUAAACUACCCUCUCUUUCUCUCUUUCUUCUCCCUUUCCUCUCCUUUCUAGUAUUUUUUAUAUCAGUAUAUAUAUAUAUAUAUAUAUAACAUAGCAUUUACACUCAUUAAUAUAGGAAUAUCUACUUAAGAUAACUUACUUACUACUUAUAUGUAUGAAAAAUUUCUCUUUUUCUUUCCUCUCUUUCCCCCCUCUAUGUAGAAUACGCACAAGGCAAAUAUAUCCAUGUUUUAUAUCUAUA